CAUUGCAUGUUAACCAAAUUUUGGCCAUUCAUAAGUACACUAUAAAACUAAAGUGAUCACUGCUAUUCAUGAAUUGUAGAAUUUUCUUUGCAGAAUUUGUGAUUUUUUUAAAGAAAAGCUGAUUUUAAUAUUAAUAUUUAAGAAGGUAUUUGAUCCUAAAACAAAACCUAAAUUUAAGGCAUAGGCCAUUUGACAGGUCCUUUUUGAACAGAAAUUUCAUUAUUGUAGGCUAAGUGAAAAUAAGCCAGAAUUAGCAUGAGUCAGGUAGAAUUUCAUGAUACAAGAACAACCAGAUGAAAAAUGAAAUAAUUAUUGGUUCCAAGCCAAUGAAUCUGCUAAACUAACUACCAAGUGUUGAUGUUGAAUGGGCCAGGCAAUUUAUAUCUUUAGGAAAGCUGAGUGUGGCAAAGGUCACUUGUUAACAUUUUUAACAAGAAUGUCAUAACUACUCAUUCAUUUUAUUUUGUCCCCAUGUUUGGUAUUUGUUUUGGUUUGUAUUUUUCCUUCCUGAUGUCCUUUGCUUUCGUGGAAAAUUGUCCUGUCGAUAGGCAGAAACAUGGUGGUGAUCCUCUAUGUAAAAUAAAGUUGCUUCUUACACAUCAGAAAUAUUUCACUUGUUUUGGAAUCACAAGAUUGUCAUGUUUUCAUAAAUACACACAUUGUUUUGAUUAUUGUUAGCAAUUAGCUUAUUUUGUAGCAUUUCAUGGAAAAAAAAUUUAAGCUAAAGAGUUUAAUUUUCUUGAUUUCGGUUCUACUUUAAUAGCUUAAGAGGCCUCCAAGUUCAAGGACCAAGUCCUUAUAUUCUAGAGUUGUGAAAAACAUGGAAAUACUCUUGUUAGUGUGUGUUUUGGUCUAAGGUAGAUUAACACAGAAGGAUCCUAGGAGGAUUUAAGAAAAUAUGUCCUUAUUGUGAAGUGGCAGUUAAAGUUAUGGGACAGGUGACUUACCUCUUCAUCUUGACUAGCUCAAUGACAGCCAUCAGCUAUUGACUUACCAGACACAUGUUGAGUUUGAGUCAAACUUGCAUUUAGCUGGAGUGGAUUGGCAGUUUUCAAUGCAGGUAGUUGUUGGUGGCACUUGACCUACCUCCUUGUAGAUCUGGCAUCUCUCUCCUAUCCUUCUUUUUGUUUCUCUCUCCCUUUUUAUUCUUGUAGGCCUACCAGUGGCACUCAAGCUUACUUCUUCAGAGAGAAGUAAAUAAAUUUCUGACUCCUGCCUUAGAACAUAGCUAAAUGAUGAUCCAGAACAAUUUCAGUAUUACGAGGUAACUGGGCAGUUUUUUUUUCCAAUUGCUAUUUUCCCCAUAGUCUUAAGCUGGCAGUAUGAAGGGUAUCUAAAUUAAUGUUUGUUAAGAAACUUGUGAACUGAAGACAGUAAGAGGUAUGUGUAUUUUAGGUAAGUUACUGGGAUCUGAGACUUACUGGUUUGGAAAUUUGAGAGUAGGAUGAGGAGAGCUGUUUAAUGUGUUUGUGGAUGGGCAUUGGAGAGGUAUAUAGGGAAUGGUUUGGAAGUAAAAUGGGAGGAAUUUUUACUAGAGGUAGGAAAAGGUACUAUGAUGGAGUCUGAAUGAGAGUUAUUUACUAAGGAAAUGAAGUUGACCUUCACUAAGGAAGUUUCAAUAAAGCCGGAGAAAAUGGGUCCCUUACUGAUUAUGAGAAAACUGUUAUUUACUACAGCUAGAGUUAUGAUGGUGAUGAAGUAUUAUACAAGUCUGUUUUCAUGUGUAGCAUGUUUGCUUUUCUGGGACAAAUUAAGUAGCACAAUUGUGGAAUGACAGCUUUUCUGGUCAAGGCAAGUGGGUGCUGGGGAGUUAUUAUUUUGAGGAAAAGAAAAUUUUAAGCUUUUCGCAGUUAUUUUUAAACUAUCGGAAAUAUUUAUCACACAUACUAUCUAUUUUGUUGGGCUCUUGUUACAAUGUAAUUUACUUUUCAAAAUGGUCCUUAGAUCAAAUUAUUUGAUUUUGCAGUCCACAAAGAUACUUAUUAUUCCUUGCUUUUAUAGAACUUUGAGACUUUGGCCCACACAAAUUUCUUAGAGGAAGGACAAUAAACCAGAUAAAAACACUAACUUGCAAUUUUAGGUAUCUUUUUUAUUUCUUUUACAUUUGCAACCAUAGCAAUCAUUUAACCUUGUGGACCUUAUGAGGCCCUUAAUAAUACUAUAUUUCUAAAAUUAGACAACAUACCCCCCCCAAACUCAUGUCCCUGUUUCCCCACUUUGUCUCUUAGUUUAAAAUUGUAGUAUUCCCAAGAGUUCAGUGGUGGCAAAUAUUAAUAAAAUAAGUUAUUAAUAGUACAUCUUGGUGGUUCAUAUGUCCUUUGUAGGGUAAGCUGAUAGUGUUUAGAUUUCUGUUCCUAUUAUUCCAUUAGUGUUUUAAGUUAAGAUAAAGAAUUACUAUAAUAUUUGUUUUUAAAGUUACAUAAUUCAAGUAUGUUUGGAUUAACUCUUUGUUGUCAAAUUUAGUAUGGAUUUAUUCCCGGUGAUUUUGACAGAUUACUUUCAAGUUUCAUUUUACUCACAUCUCUAUAUGUUAGUGAUAAAAAUCUCUUUUAAAAAUAGCAAAAAAGAGGUUCUGAUUUUGUACUUUGAAGGUAAUUUUUCUUUUUUAUGAAUGUCAAGUUCAUUAACAAUAGCAGGAUUAUUUUUACUAUAGCUUGUUUUGUAGAGUUGGCACUUUAGUAUAAUUUUCACAUUUUGUGUCAGAUUUUAAAUUAUAAUAGUUAAAUACUAUAACUCAUUUAAGUCAAUGCAGAGCCUUCUUAAAUAGCCCCUCCCUUAGAAAUUUGUUUAAAAAGAAGUGAAUUCCCAAACCUGUGUCAAGAAGUAGUGAUUUAAAUGACUGUGAGACAAGUCUUUGAAAGGCUUCUUUAAGCCUAGUCAGUGGAGAUAAAUGAUAGCCCAUGUCCAUGCUGCAUAUAGUUGUUAGGGUUUAUAAAGUUGUCAAUGUGUAAAAGUGCAAAAGCAGGAAAGACUAUGUAAAGUUGCCUGUAAAAUUUCUAGUUAUCAUUAUUUGCACUAUUUAUCUUUGCACUUGAUUUUUUGAAAGUUGACUAGUCACUUUCACUUUUGUUUCUAGUCUUUUCUAAUUUCAUGCAGAAUUAUGUUUUCAAUAUCCCACCCAAAGCAAAACUUAUAUGCAAUUAAAUAUACUUUAUAAGACCAAGAAAAUAUUUCUUAGUGUUAGCUGUGUAAAACAAAAAUUUGUUUUGGUAAAAUUUUUAAUAUGGACCUUUAUUUGCCGAUAAAAUCCUUUGUAAAUGUGAGCUUUAUUAAACUGUUUAAAUAGACAAAGUUAAAGCUUAGGAUAGGAAAUAUAUAUGUGUGUGUAUAUGAAAUGAUGUCUUUGAGUUUCAACUUCCAGCCUGAGAUGGCCUGGUUUUGGUGUGUUGGUUUGUUUCACUAAAGUCAGUGAGAUAUGUAUGAGUCUAGCUGGGUACAUGCUUACAAAGCUGGAAGUGAGGUGGGUGGCAAGUGGCAGCUCCCUCUUUUGUGUAGUUUUCCAUAAUGUUCAUAUAGUUUCCUCAUGGUCUAAGUGAUAUAACUGGUUUUAAAGUAAUUAUAUUGAAUAUUCCUUUUUGGAAUUCAGGGUUGAAUCACUUUUUGAGGGGGAAGGGAAGCAAGGGUAAGAGACUUUAUUUUAACCAGAUGCGGUCUUACGACCUCAAAGAUGUGCUCCAGAAAGAAAAUAACAAAAAGUAUACCUGUGAACAUAUUUUUUGUCUUGGUGAUAUUAUGCAACACAGAAUUGCAAAAAAAUUUAAAAAUUGAUAGUUUUAUCAAUGGAACAGAGAGAUGGGUUUUUGACUAAAAUGACUUUUUAAGUUAUUUGGUUAUUUCAUUUCAUAUUCCCUUUCUCAUAGCUUUGUACACACCUCAUACUUAAAACCAAGUGAGAGGCCUCUUUUCAGAUCUGUUUUAUUUUUGGAAUGCCUGACUGUGUUUCCGGAUUGGGGAGGGGGGAGUUUUACUUCUUGACAUGCUCUUAGCAUGUUUUGCUAGUCAUUCUGGAUCUUACGUUUGUAAAUUCUGUUGAAAAUUCAGUGAUGUAUUUGAAAUGAGAAGGUCCUCUAUAACAUAGUCUGAAUGUUUGUGGCCAAUUCAGUUGGCUUUGUUUUUUGCUUUGGAUAGAAGUUUAACUUCCAUUGUUCAGAUUUUAGGUUUAUCUAGUGAAAUUGUGCCAGGUAAUUGUCUAAAUAUGGACCAAUUUUGGGAAAUGAAGGUUAAUAAGUGAAUAUUUGAUUCUAGAUAAUCCCUUACUCAAAAUCAUAAGUCAAAGAUUCACAUCAAGAGUUAUCUAACUUUUGUGUUGUCAAAUCUUUAAAUGUGGAUGAUAUUCAGCAUUAUAGCUACGAAUUUCCCUUAGGAAAAGAGAAAAAUUCAGUCUUGGAACCUUUUCUUGGAGACUAAAUUUACCACAUAUCGAAAAUGAAAAAAUUUUAGAAAGUGGAUUUGAUUAUUUUUUAAUGGAGUUUAACUAGCUUAAUUAAUGAUUUUUCCUAGUUCGAAGUACUUAUUUUCCCAAUGUGAAUAAAGGGAAAGGAUCAGCAAUUUGUCUCUGGCCUUUUUCGAGGCCAUUUUCAGUUUUCUGCCCCCAUUUCCCAGUCCUGGUAUAAAAUGAAUUACGGGUAUCCCUCUAAGUCCCUAUAACCCUUUUUGGGGGUCACAGAUAACUUUGAUAAUCUGAUGAAAGUGUGAUGGAUCCUCUCCCCAGGGAAAAAAAAUGCACAUAACCUGGGUAAUUUUGCAUACAACCUCAGGGGCAUCACAUAUCUUCUGAAACCCAAGUUAAGGAUUUCUGCUCUAAGUAAAUUGUAGAGAAUUUUAGCGCAAAUCAUUGAUAAAAUUGGGAACCAACUAUUGGCUUAAAACCUUUCAGAUUGGAAUUAUUGUUAGAUGGUGGCCCCUACUAGCAAAAUGUGACGUUGCAACCAGCUUUGUUAGACAUUAUAACAUCCAGAGAGAAGGGAAAAAGAAGCAAAGCUCUGAAAGCUAUUUAUAAGGAGUCAGGGCAUCUCUAGACAUGGGAGCCAUUCCUGGUUCAAGGCAGGGGUCAGGGUGCCUGACAAUUUCUAGCAGGGUAGAGUCUGAUAAACCACAAUGCUCAGGAUGCCAAGGGGUUAGCCAUUAUCUUAACCCCUUCCUCACCAAAAGAUUUUAGUUUUUGUCUGUUGGGAAACAAGAUGUCACUAGGGAAAAAAAGAUUUGCCUUACAACUUUGCUGGAACACAUCAGUUUGGCGACGUUUGGACACUAGUGUUAUUUUUGAGAAAGUGCAUAAAACCAAAGUAAAUUAUUCUCUAUGUAGAACAUUUAUUUACUAGUAACAUUUGUUUGGGUGUAUUCGCUUUGACAAUUUUUACCAGUAAAUAUUGGUUUUAUUUAAAACUGGGAAUCCAGUUUAUAUAUAGGAUAGUUGAUAUAUCUGUUCUUCCCCCCAUGUAAAGAAUAAUUAAAGAUUUAUGCAUACUUUUUACUUUUCUCUCUUAAUGCCAUGGGGUGGGGUGGGUGGGUGGGGGAAAGAUCUUUCAGUCUGCAACUGACAAAAUGUCUUCUUCAAAUUAAAAAAAUUGAGAAGCAGCACUUUAAGUCUAACUCUACACCGUUUUAUUGCAUGUAUUAGUUUUAAUAAUGAUUUUUGGUGCAUGCCUUUGGGCUUAUUCAAAAGUGUACAAUAGGAAAGUAUAUUUCCUUUCUUAGAAAGGAGAUGUUUUCUACUUUGCAACAUGUGAUUACAAAAAUCUUCCUCUGUGGGAAGAUUAACCAUGUAUUGAACUACUGAAAAGUAUAUAUUUUUAGAUAUACAGAAGGAAUCUACAUGGAGCAGCAUUCAGACCUAUAUAGAAGUCAUAGCAUUCUGUAUAGGACCAAAAAGGAAAUAACAUUAAACACUUAAACAGACUUUGUUGGGUAGAAAUACCUUUAGAUCUUGUAUUGACUUCCAAAAAGAAAAAAUGCCACAGAAGUUUGCUGAAAACUUUUGUCGUUUGAAUUUUCUCUGUCAGUGUCUUUAGCCCAAAUACAACAGCUUUGGGUUAGCACACAUAUAAGAAUCAAGAAAACAAAGCUCACUAAAUAAAUCAGCCUGAUUUGCCAAUCCAGCUUGACUGAAAUAAGUAAACUAAUCACUUGCAACAUGAAAAACUGUCCAACUCCUCUAAGGUUCUGACAAAAUAAACUUGGCUGAUGUGGGAAGACUCCCACUUUGAUUUCUGACCUGACAGUGAAGAUUCAUGCUUGACAUGAUUUCAAACUUUACAGUGUCUGUUUAAGGAGCUAUGGUACAGUUUGCUAAUUCAAUCCCAGAUACCUGUUGAUUACCUGUGAGAUCUAGAGUCCAAAGUAGCCAGCAGCCAUAUCCCUGAGUGCUCUGUGCCCAUCAGAUAAAGUAAGCAGAGUUGGGACAGAUCACAGCUUGGAUGAUUGACCUCAGGUGCCACAGACAGCCCCAGAUUCAAGAAUUGUAUCUGCUUUCUUGGGAGUCGUCACUGAACUAAUGUCCCAUACUGUAUUACUUACUGUAGACGCUCUCUUUUAGAGGAGGCCCAGAGCACACAUCCUAAUUGCUAGUGGUACUCAGAGAGGGGGUGCUAACUCUGAUGCCCUGACCAAAUUCCAGUUUAGGGAUGUGGGUCUUCUUCUUGUCAUUCUAAUUGGAAAUGUGCAUCACUUCCCAUUUUUCCUAUUGAUCUCAGUGCAAACUACACUAGUCUGUUUCUUUGCCCUGGUCUCAAGUCUUUAAGAUGCUGGUGUGUAUUAUAUGGGCUAAGUUAAUGCAUUAUCCUAAGGCACAAGAGUUGAGAAAUGGGAGAGCUUGGUGUCAGAGUGCUGUGUGGUUAGAGAGUGGACUCUUGUGAUGCUGUGGGGAUGAAAUUGGCCCUCUUUUAGCAUAAGUUGGGGAGUGUGCACUGGCUGGAGGCUUCCAGCCAUGAGGUGUGAGCUGAAACCAAUUUUUCCUCUUUUCUUAUAGCAUGUUGAGAAAAUCUGUUGGGUUUUCAGCAGUCAGGGAAGGCCGGAGUUCUGCUUUAAUCUGGCUAACUGAGGCUAAUGUGAGCAAGACUUUGGUUAAUUAACUGGGUUCUCAGAUGCCACAGACUCCGUGAGAAGUCACCAUUAUUUUCAAUGGUUGUGAUAGAAUUUCCCCCUAGUAGCCAUUAUUUUAAGAUUAUAUUGCAGAGUUGCUUUAUUUUGAGCUUUUCGUGUAUACACAAUCCCAAACUGGAAGAAAUUUUAAAAAAAAAAGGAAUCCUGCUGUGAAAGGUAUAUAUUACUCUAGAUUUUUCUUACUGUAAAUAUUGUAAGAUUGUAAUACUGUCGAUAUUUUAUUAACCAACAAAUGUUAAUCUAUGUGAAUUCAGACUUAUUUUAAAUGUGCUUCUUAUUUACUGUGUGUGGUCCCUGUUGCUGACAGUAUUAAGUUAUAUUCUGAUGUAAGAUUAACUUUAUUAAAGAAUGUAAACAUUAAUGUUUCCUUAUGGGAAAACAAAUAAAGUAUAAAGAAGACAAUUCUUUUCAUUGAAAUAUACUGUGUAUUUACACUUGCUAGACCCAGCACCACUUAUAAAUUUAGUACACUGUUCAGAAUUUUAGUUAACACAGCUGACAUGGUUGUGCUCUGUUUGAAAGUCUAAGAAUAGGUAUUGUUGGAAUAUACAGUUUGUAUUUGUCUGCUGUGAAUCAUAAUCUUGAAAUUUCUAAUCAAGUUUGUAAAAUUUUUAUAGUGAAACAUUUUAAUGACAAUUUAAAAAUUUAUCUUCUCUAAAGAAUGGUCAAAACAAUAUCCUUUCAGAAAUAGAAUUGUUCUUUAAUAUCUUUCCAAAAUGACUUUGGUUAAAUGGACCAGAUGUAUAUUAGUUAAAAUUUAGGACUAAGUUGUUGAUAUUCUUUGAGUUUACAAGUUAAUCCUUAUUGGAGAUGUGCCAAUAUACAGUUAGAAUAUCAUUAAUUUGCACUGUUUGGGGACCCCAUUUAAGAAUGCUGAAUUUUGCCAACUAAGAAGUAAGCAAAUACAAUUUAAAAAGUAAAUUUGAGCAUUCUGUAUUAAAUAUGUGCAGUUAUUAUCACAUGAAGAAACGCAGUGUGUCGGGCUGUAAUAUUACCAUAUUUGCUGUCAUGUUCUCCCAUCUCAGUGCUGGGAACUCACCAUGUGGAAACCAAGCAAACGUGUUGUGCAUCAGCCGGCUUGAGUUUGUUCAAUAUCAAAGCUGAAAACUAGCGAGGUCUGCUGUACUGCUUAUUGAAGUAUUGUGAUUCUUUUAGGCAUUGAUUCUUAUAAAAUAUAUACUGUAACAGUAUACUUUGUACAGAUUUAAAUUUUAUUUGAAAAAAUGAAAUAAAGUAGGCAAAAAAAUAAAGAUGUUUAUUUUUCAUGUGACUGU